AUGCCUCAAGACCCGAACCUUUACGGUCAACCGCCACCCAAGAAACGCAAGACCUCUACGGCCUUUGGUAACUCCCUCGACUUCACUGCCCAACUGACGUCCCUCAUGUCCGCGUCCCCCACCACAACCUCCGCGCCCGCCCGACCCCGUCCCUCGAGAACAAAAGAUCUCGUUCUUGGCGGCGCAAGGUCCAAAGCACGUGGGGGCGGUAGCGGUAGUAGCGUCCCGGCAGACGCAUCCAAUAAGCUUAACCUCAAGGAACCCCUCGGCACGGAAGAAGAUUCCUCGAACCUCGCCCGCGCACGGCGCAGGAUGGAAGAAAAGGCGCGCCUCUACGCCGCAAUGAAGCGAGGCGACUAUGUUCCCAAAGAGAAUGAGUCGGCGCCCCUCAUAGAUUUCGACCGGAAAUGGGCUGAGUCGGAAGCGGACAAGGACAACAAGGCCGGGACGAGCUCUGGCUCUGGCUCUGGCUCCGACGACGAGGCCGACCAAGACAAAGACGAGGGAAACGUCAUCAUAGAGUAUGAAGAUGAGUUCGGCCGUCUCCGCCGCGGUACACGAGCAGACAAGGAACGCCUCGAGCGCCAGCGCCGUCGCGGCCUCCUCGGCGCCGAGGAACUUGAGCGCAUGUCUGCCCGCCCCGCCGCGCCCGCGAAGCUUCUCUACGGUGACGCCAUCCAGACCAUGGCCUUCAAUCCCGAGGACCCGGACAGGAUGGAGGAGCUGGCGAGCAAGCGCGACCGCAGCGCCACGCCGCCCGAGGCACGGCAUUACGACGCCGACAGCGAGAUCCGCACGAAGGGUACGGGCUUCUACAAGUUCAGCAAGGAUGAGGAGACGCGGAAAAGGGAGUUCCAGAACCUCGAGGAUGAGAGGAUAAGGACGGAGACUUCGAGGAAAGAGCGGGAGAACAAGAGGGAGGCAAGACGCCGGGAGGUUGAGCAGCGGCGGAAGGAUGUAGAGGCGAAGAGGGCAAAGAAACUGGCAGACAGCUUUUUGGACGGUUUGGCGGCCGGUAUGAAUAGUAAUCAAUCAAGAUAA